AUAGCAAAGAAGGAAUAUAUACAGCAAAUGUCACACUACACGAAUUAUAUAUCCAAAACUUAGGUGCCAGUAUGUGUUCUAUACGCGAUCAGAAGAUACAACAAACGUGAGAGUAGUAUGACGUAUGUAUAUAAUAAGUAUUUUGAUAUAGAAGACGUUAUUUAAUUUUCAAUUAUCUAAAGAUUGAAAAACGUGAGAAACAACAUGUUUUUUAUAUUGAAGUUGCUGUUAGUAAUAUUAUUAAAUAAAACGUACGCGUAUAUCACGCAAGAUAUCGAAACAAUAUUACUGCCAGCAUUGAAUUCGAGCGUAGAAGAAAUACACUUAACUCUGAAAGUUUUUGGAACACAAAUUCAGCUAAACCUGCGUAGAAACGACCAGAUUGUAUCGUCCUUGUUUAAAGUAUGGAAAUAUGACGCAAAAGGCAUCACAAAAGAUCUACCGCAAUUAAACGCAUCGGAUCCUUGCUAUUAUUUUCACAAAGAUCAUAUCAGCACAGCGACCAUAAACUUUUGUCAAGAUUAUGGAUGGGAAGGAUUCGUUGUGUUCUAAAAAAUAAAACAUUGGAAAUUAGACCUUUACAGGAUAACUUUGCGUUUUUAUCGUUAAUUGACGACCUCUGCGUUAAAGAAGAAAUUAAUAUUUCAUUUGGCAAACCUCAUCUAAUUAAAAGAUCGUUGCAAUUAUCUGCAGACACAAGUUUUCAUAAUUUGGACAAUUUUAAACUGAAGCGACGUCAUGUGAAAAAUACGGAAAAAAAAUUAACUAUAGAACUGGGUGUUUUCUUCGAUGAAGCCGCAUAUCGUACGUUCAUGCCUUUUCUGGGCAAAAAUGAGAAUACAUUGCGCAUGUUGAUAUUAGCAUAUAUCAAUAAUAUGCAAGCUGUGUUCCAUCAUCCUAGUUUGGGUGUUUCUAUCGAUAUUUCGUUGGUAUAUUUGGAAAUUAUGGAAAAACAGCCAUCACAUUUACCAGUAUUUGGUGGCAACGCUAGCGAAUUGCUGUAUUCGUUCUGCUAUUAUGCGCAAACUCGAAAUCCUCCGGACGACAAUGAUCCGAAUCACUGGGACGUUGGUCUUUAUAUAACAGGAAUAGACAUUUAUAUGGAACACAAUUUUAUGCUGGGACUAUCCUUCCUGAACGAUGUAAUCACCCCAAAUGAAUCGUGUGCGAUAGUAGAAUUUGGUAUUGCAAAUCAUCUAUCUUCAGGUUUUACAUCAUCUCUCGUUGCUGCUCAUGAGAUCAGCCAUGUCUUAGGAAUGCAACACGAUUCCGAUUAUACGCUACCAUGUGAUAAAAGAUAAAUAUAUAAUGUCAUUUCGCCAACUCCAUCAAGGUCAAAUAACAUGGUCCGAGUGUAGCCGUGAUAUAGUUGAAAAACUAUGGAUUGCACAGAAGUAUUUUGGAGAUCGUACGAGAUCGAUAGACGAAUAUGAUCAUUCGCGUUAUCACAAUUUGCCCGGAAGACAAUGGACCGCCAAAGCACAAUGCGAAAUAUUCUUUCGCGACAAGGAUGCAAACGUAGUCUCGUUGCUUGACAUAUGCAAAACCUUACAAUGUGAAACGCCUAAUAAAAAAGACUUUUACUUCACGGGACCGGCGUUGCAAGGUACUUAUUGCGCACCUGGAAAAGAAUGUCGCGGCGGAGAAUGCGUGUCCGUUAUCGAGCCGCCAUACAAUUUUAAGUUUUGUCCAAAAGAUAACUGGAGUGAAUGGGAAGAAGGCACCUGUCAAAGUAGUUGCUUCGAAAAAUCUAACGGCGUAAGAGUCAGACGACGUUCUUGCAAACAUGGAAUUCACAGAACGGCGAGAUGCGAAGGACCAUAUUACGACGUGGUUCUGUGCAGUGACUCGAUGCUUUGCACUGAAAAUCGCUGGCCAAUCUUCAAGUUUACUACCGUAAAAUGCUUGCAUUUCAAUAACGAUCUAAAGUUUAAUUUCAAGAUUGAACUGGAAAAUGGACCGGGAUUUCAGGUCCAUCAUAAUGUCGCGGAACCGUGGAAGGCCUGUACUAUACACUGCCGCAUAAAAGAUUCACCAACUCCCUACGCACCACGCUUGGAACUCCUCAGCAUCAAUAUCGAUCCAUACUUUCCGGAUGGAACGUGGUGUCACAAUAAAGAUGGCCAAGAUUAUUACUGCCGCCAACAUUACUGUAUGCCGAAAAGCGAGUCUUAAGAAUAAUUGUCGGAAGAUUAUCAACGAGUGUAAAAGAAAAUUGAGAAAAAAAAAAACGCGUUAAUUAGUCAAAAAUAGUUGGUCCAUUCGUUUGAUAUGAAUAUUCAAUAGGUCGAUCUGUUAACAUCCGUUUUGUAGAUGCAUCUAUCAUGCAUAUCUUGUUUGAUGAAGAAAAGUGGACGAAGAAUUUUGUCGAAUUAUCAGCAUCUAAAAUGAAAUACGUCGAUUAGCAUUAUUAAGAACGUGAAAAAAAAUAGAUAAUAAGUAAUUAACAUGUUUACAAAACGGUAAAAUCAAUAACUGAAUAAA